UUUUAUUCAUCAAAUUUAAGAAAGGAGUUUGAAGCAGCAGCGUGCAACUACAGUGCAACCUUAAACCCUAUGUCCCUCCUAAAAGACUUCAGCCGCCAAAAUUCACUCACCGUGCUUUUUCUCACGCGCCACCUCUCCUCCGCCACUACCACCACCACAUCCAAACUCCACGACCGUUACACCUUCGAACCACCAUCUUCCCUCUCCCCCUCUCCCGAAAACCCCAACGAAAGUCCAACUAAACCCCACAGAAAACAGCCCAAGCCCAAGUACAAACCCCCUUCGUCCCUCGACCGAACCGGGAAAAAACCUAAAUACUCGCCAAACGGUUCAGCUACACGGAGAGCAGCCAAACGGUAAGGCCUAUCGGACUUAGAGAACCUAAAUACUCGCCAUUUGGACCGGACCGGAUCGACCGGGAAUGGACCGGAUCGGCCUAUCGGACUUAGAGAACCUAAUUCACACUUCAAAAUCUGAUUCUGGCCGUUCAAACUUAGCUUCCAAAAGGGUUCUCCCUGCAGUUCUUAAUAUACUUAACUCACAAACCCUUCCUUUAGAUCACAAUCUUCUAUCUUUGUGUUUCAAGCUUCUUAGAAACUUGUGUGCUGGAGAAUUUGAAAACCAGAAUUUGUUUCUUGAGUUUGAUGGGGUUGUUGUUGUUUCGAGUAUUUUGAUGUCAGAGGCUGGUUCUUUACGCCCUGAUCAUAUGUUGGUUCGUUGGGGUUUGCAGGUUUUGGCAAAUGUUUGUUUGGCUGGAAAGCAGCAUCAGAAGGCUAUUUGGGAAGAGAUUUUUCCACUUGGUUUUGUGUCUCUUGCAAGACUUGGAACUAAGGAAAUUUGUGAUCCUUUGUGUAUGGUGAUUUAUACAUGUUGUGAUGGAAACCAUGAAUGUUUUGGAGAGCUUUGUAGUGACAGUGGUUUGCCUGUAGUGGCAGAAAUUGUGAAAACUGCUUCUUCUGCUAGUUUUGGUGAGGAUUGGAUAAAACUGCUCCUUUCAAGAAUUUGCCUUGAAGAAUCUCAAUUGCCUAUGUUGUUUCCUAAAUUACGGUUUAUGGAUAUUCCUGAGGGUGAAGAUAUUGAUUCAAAAGAUUAUCAGUUUUCUUUUGAACAAGCGUUUCUUCUGCAAAUCCUAUCGGAAAUUUUGAACGAGCGACUCAGAGAUGUUGUUGUUUCAAAAGAUGUUGCAUUAUUUGUUUAUGGAGUAUUCAAGAAAUCUGUUGGGGUUCUUGAGCAUGCAGUGAGAGGUAAGUCUGGUCUUCCCAGUGGCUCUGUUGCAGUGGACGCUCUUGGCUACUCGCUUACUAUAUUGAGAGACAUCUGUGCUCAUGAUAGUGUUAGAGGUAAUCCAGAGGAUACAAAUGAUGUUGUCGAUGUGUUAUUGUCACAAGACAUUAUUGAGUUGCUUUUGAUUCUGCUUGGAGAUCUUGAACCUCCAGCAAUAAUCAGGAAAGGAAUCAAACAAUCUGAGAAUCAAGAAGGCGCUAGUUGUUCCUCAAAACCAUGCCCUUACAAGGGCUUUAGGAGAGACAUAGUUUCACUUAUUGGCAAUUGUGUGUAUAGAAGGAAGCAUGCACAAGAUGAAAUCAGGGGUAGGAAUGGAAUUCUACUGCUAUUGCAACAGUGUGUUACUGAUGAAGAUAAUCCUUUCCUGAGAGAAUGGGGAAUAUGGUCUGUUAGGAAUAUGUUGGAGGGCAAUGAGGAGAAUCAAAAGGUAGUUUCUGAAUUGCAGUUGCAAGGAUCUGCUGAUGUGCCUCAAAUUUCUGCACUUGGUCUUCGAAUAGAAGUUGAUCAGAAAACUAGGCGCGCAAAGCUUGUAAAUGUUCCUUGAAAUAAUACCACUACUUGGUUGUAUUAUGCGUAUGUAUGUUAUAUUACAUACAUUUUUACUUGAUCAUUAUUAUUAGUAGAAUGUCCUUAGUUGGAUUUCAGGUUAGGUUUUUUUCCCUUUCCAAAUUGAAAAUGCUGUUUCUCUUGUCAAUGAAAGCUCAGAAGAAAAAUCAUUAGUAACAAUUGAAAAUUUUAGAUGUCA